CACUACUAUGAUUGUCGCGUCAUCAGAAAAGUUCUUAUGCUCGGGACCAUUGCCUAGUAAACAUCAUCCCACCUCGCCUAUUCUUUAGCGGACGUACCCUGAUCAGACUUUAACAAUCUCAGUCCAGUCAGACCCGUUGGAAACACCCUCUGACCAGAUCCGUUACAGAGAAACAAGAGUACAGGAAUAAAAUGGAAGACAGGAAAUAUUUAGAAAUGUUGGUCCUGUUCUCCUUCACACUCGGAGUGGGUUUAUCUCUGGCUAGUAUCGGACCUGUCCUACCAGACCUGCAGUGCUUGUGGAACGUUGACCUUCACACCACAUCCCUCGUGUUCCUGUUCAUCGCCGUGGGGACAAUAGUGGGCGUGGUCGUAUCCAGUGUGGUGAUGGACAAACUUCCGGCUUUUAUUUUCCUUGCGAUUGUCACAAUCAUACGUGGUGUGACCAUGUUCCUGUUUCCCUAUACUGGAGGUCUAGCUCUCGCAGGACCUGUUGUCUUCAUAUAUGGCGCGAGCCUUGGUCUCUCAGCUGUCGGGUCUCUGUAUACGACAAAUCUCCUCUGGCCCACAAGAGCAGGGACAAUCCACCUGGUUCAGAGUGGAGUUGCCAUCGGGGCAACAUUAAGUCCGCUCCUGGAAAAGCCCUUCCUAAGUGAUGGAACAUUUACUGCCAUGAUGCAAGGCACAUCUAACAAUGAACACUUCAGUGACAAGAACGCAACACUUUAUAGGCUUGAGAUAACGGAAUCUCCUGACAGUUCACUGGCAAUGCUGACUGGUAAGACAAAGUGGGACCAGGUCGUUUUCAAGAACACGACUUUAAAUGAUUCUCUCAAAGAAUCCCAAUCAGGUGCAAUACUUGGUAGUGUUAAUUUGUUUAGGAAGGAAGCUAACCAUUCGUCUUCGUGUGACAACUUUAAAACAUAUCUUGACUAUCCAUUCAUAUUUUUUGGAUGCAUUACCAUACCAGUGACUGUUGGACUUAUCAUAUGUCACAGACGAGGAAACGACAAUCAGAAUCCCUGUACCAACCCAUACACAUCCAUAGACAAAAGUACAGACAUCUCACUAAGCCGUGCCCAGAAUAUGUUCAUCAUCCUGAUGUGUUUCCUUAGUGUGGUGACUAUUGCCAUACCUGGCUGUGUCAGCAACCUGCUGGCUACAUUCGGAACGAAGAGUGAUCUCAAACUCAAUCUCAACACAACCUCAACUAUGACCUCUGUAUUCUGGCUGUGUUACAGCAUAGGAAGGAUUAUCCCAUACUUCAUCAAUGAUAGGAUACGGACGUUUCCAAUUAUUGCAGUUGCCUUUGUAGGAAUGACAGCAGGCAUUGUGGUGUUGUUCCUGUCGUUGUACUAUGGCACAGUUUGUCUUUGGAUCAGCAUGAUCUUCCUGGGCCUUGCUACAGGUCCCCACUUUAGCAGCUUAUUUACAUGGACGAGAGAGUACGUAAGUCUGUCAUCUAAGAAUAUUUCUCUGCUGUCCUUAGGUGCAAAUGCAGGUGUACAGUUUCAGCCCUUGAUCAGCGGCCUGCUUAUGGACCGUUUUGGUCCAAACAGUUUUGUUUAUUCAAUAGCUGGAGUUUGUAUCAUACAUCUCUUCUUGUUUCUAUCAGUAACAGUAUGUACCAGAUAUAUUUCUUAAUUGAGUAAAAGAAUUAGUACACGCAAUGAACAAAAUCAAUUCACCUUUGAUGUAAAAUUGUUACGGACUAAUAUUCCAGAGCAUGUCUAUAUUGUGAUAAUGUUUCAUUAUUUAUUGUUUGUUAUCAGGAAGUGAGUCCCUCUUAUUUUACUGAGAACUAUUUCAGAGCAUUUCAGAGCAUGUCUUUUACUGCUCGCUAAACUGGCUAAAUGUCGUGUCUUCUCACGAAGCUGCUCGUGUACCAAACGAGGGUUUAGACCGUUGCUUAUGUCAGUUUGAAACCAUAGUUAAUUAAAUUAAAGUUAAUUAAAGGGUUGAGACAGACGUUGCAGGUCAGAUGACUAUAAUCUCUUCAUAUCGGUUACCGAAGAAAUGUUAUAAUAUGAUGUUAUUGUAUGAGAAAAUGGACAAAGAAAUUGGACAUCUCAUGUUAAGAACUUCUUAUUCUCUAUUGGUUUCGGAAACGUUUGGAAUGCACAAUAUGUAGAAUCACAUACGUCAUUCAUUCAGUCGUUAACCAUAAGACUUAAAGACAUAUAUCUU